AUGCAGGCCCCCAGCCGCCCGUGUCGCUGGACCUGCCUCCCCAGCCCCAGUGCGCGUGAGGCAGCCUCCAUGUAUGGCACAGCAGUGGCCAUCUUCCUGGUCAUCCUGGUUGCUGCACUGCAGGGCUCGGCACCCCCAGAGAGCCCCUUCCCCUACCACAUCCCCCUGGACCCCGAGGGAGCUCUGGAGCUCUCAUGGAACGUCAGCUACGUCCAGAAGGCCAUCCACUUUCAGCUCCUGGUGCAUGGGCUCAAGGCUGGGGUCCUGUUUGGGAUGUCGGACCGUGGCGAGCUGGAAAAUGCUGACCUUGUUGUGCUCUGGACCAACGGGGACAGCGCCUACUUUGCAGAUGCCUGGAGUGACCAGAAAGGACAGCUCCAUCUGGAUGCCCAGCAGGACUACCAGCUGCUGAGGGCACAGGGGACCUCAGACGGCCUGUCCCUGCUGUUCAAGAGGCCUUUUGCCACCUGCGACCCCCAGGAUUACCUCAUUGAGGAUGGCACCGUCCACUUGGUGUACGGAAUCCUGAAGGAGCCAUUCCGGUCACUGGAGGCCAUCAACACCUCCGGCCUGCAGACAGGGCUACAGCGGGUGCAGCUCCUGAAGCCUGAAGUCCCCACCCCAGCCAUGCCCGCAGACACACGCACAAUGGAGAUUCGUUCCCCUGAUGUCCUGAUCCCUGGCCAGGAGACCACGUACUGGUGCUACAUCACCGAGCUGCCCCAGGGCUUCUCCCGGCACCAUAUUGUCAUGUAUGAGGCCAUUGUCACAGAGGGCAAUGAGGCCCUGGUACACCACAUGGAGGUCUUCCAGUGUGCUGCAGAGUUCGAGAGCUUCCCCCACUUCAGUGGGCCGUGUGACUCCAAGAUGAAGCCUGAGCGCCUCAACUACUGCCGUCACGUGCUGGCUGCCUGGGCCCUGGGUGCCAAGGCAUUUUACUACCCGGAAGAAGCCGGCCUUCCUUUUGGGGGGCCUGGAUCUUCCAGAUAUCUGCGCCUGGAAGUUCACUACCAUAACCCACUGAAGAUCCAAGGCCGGCGUGACUCCUCAGGCAUCCGGCUGUACUACACGUCCACACUGAGGCAAUUUGACGCAGGCAUCAUGGAGCUGGGCCUGGUGUACACGCCAGUGAUGGCCAUCCCACCACAAGAGACCGCCUUCAUCUUGACGGGCUACUGCACGGACAAGUGCACCCAGCUGGCCCUGCCACCCUCAGGCAUCCACAUCUUCGCCUCUCAGCUCCACACACACCUGACUGGGAGAAAGGUGGUCACCGUGCUGGCCCGGGAUGGACAAGAGAAGGCUAUUGUGAACAGGGACAACCACUACAGCCCCCACUUCCAGGAAAUCCGCAUGUUGAAGAAGAUCGUGUCCGUAUACCCGGGGGACGUACUCAUCACUUCUUGCACCUACAACACAGAAGACAGGAAGCUGGCCACAGUGAAACUCUGGUCUGUCCUGGCACUGUUCUUACUUUUUACCUCAGUGUGCAUCCAACCAGAAUGUGAUACGCAGCUCUUUGGACCCCGGGGUGAAAUCGUGAGCCCCUCACUGAGUCGAGACGGCAAGAAUACAGGGGGCUGCCGGGUCUUCAUCAACGUGGUUCCACAGGCUCGCAUUGCCAUCCAUGCCCUGGUCAGCGUCGUGGGCACUGGGGCCGAGGAGACCAAUGCCAGCUACGUCUCGAUCCGAGACAUUCACAGCCUGAGGACCACAACAUUUCAUGGGCAGCAGGCACUCUACUGGGAGUCAAAGGGCAGCAUGGCAGAAAUGGAGUUUAGCCAGGGCUUCCUGGAGACACAUGCUAGCCUACAGGGCCAGUACUGGACCCUCCACUCUAGGGCAAUGGAAGAGGACAAAGCGGGACGGUGGCCAGGCCCUGCGCUAGCUUUCUCUCUAAGCGCUGGAAGACAACGGAAGGAACCCAACACUUACUGA